GGAGGAGCGCUAAGGGCUGAGUGUGUGGGUGUAUUAUUAGAAUAGCGACACACACUCUUGUGCUCCACUGCAAGCAUGGCUGGCGACAGUGAAACACAUCUUAAGGGCAGAGCGGAAAACGAGCACAACAUCCGACAGCCGUUCCUGAUCGGUGUGGCUGGAGGCACCGCCAGCGGAAAGUCUUCAGUAUGUGAGAAGAUCAUGGAGCUGCUGGGCCAGAAUAAGAUUGACCGUCACCAGCGGCAGGUGGUCAUCCUCAGUCAAGACAGCUUUUACAGAGAGCUCACGCCUGAACAGAAAGCCAAAGCACUCAAGGGCCAGUUCAACUUCGAUCACCCAGAUGCUUUCGACAAUGAGCUGGUGAUGAAGACUCUGCGUGACAUCAUUCAGGGGCAGACCGUGCACAUCCCAGUUUAUGACUUUGUGACACAUUCCAGGAAGGCUGAGUUUGUGACCGUGUAUCCAGCAGAUGUGGUCCUCUUUGAGGGGAUUCUCAUGUUCUACUCGCAAGAGAUUCGAGAUCUGUUCCAAAUGAAGCUGUUUGUGGACACAGACCCAGACACACGCCUCUCGCGAAGAGUGUUGCGGGACAUCAGCGAGAGAGGCAGAGAGCUGGAGCAGGUUCUGAACCAGUACAUCACCUUUGUGAAGCCAGCCUUUGAGGAGUUCUGUCUUCCUACCAAAAAGUAUGCAGAUGUCAUCAUCCCGAGAGGAGCAGACAAUCUGGUGGCUAUUAAUCUGAUUGUGCAGCAUAUUCAGGAUAUCCUGAACGGAGGAUUCACCAAACGACAGAACGGUUUUCAGAACGGCCACGGGACCCCCAGACAGAGACGGCCGUCUGAGUCGAGUCGACCUCACUGACCUCACUGUGACCUUCCCUCCGUCGAGGAGAGGGCAGAACUUAAUGAUAACAGUGUGCAUCCCAUUCAUCCAGUGACAGUGAAGGGAUACAGGAGCUGAAAUGCCUUUGUUAUUAUCACUAUUAUUUGCAUUUGAAAUGUUGUUGUGGAUAAUUGUUUGCUGUUACAGGGUUUUGAAAGUGUUAUAUGUUUUUAUUUUAUUUUUUUGGAAGGUUUGAUUGCACGCUCAGCCUGUCCUGUCAGCGUGUCGAUCUGCUUUCUUAGCUACUCAGAAAUAAAUGAAUAGUUUGGAAAUGUUUGUUUCCGACUGGAAGUAGAGACAACUUUGAUUACAGUGCUAUUUGCAUACAUACUUGAAGUCAGGGCUCAGGUUGUUCUUUCCACAAAAGAGAAAACCCCUAUUACCUCAUAUUUGAGGCCCUUUUAUGUGAUUUUAAAAUGAUUGCAACAUGGUACAUAAGCAUUUUAUAUAGUUUUUGUUUUGUAGAUUUCUAGUUAAAACCUAAUGUUAUUGUGAUUAUUACAAUUGUACAUAUGACAUGA